AUGGCACGCAAUUCUAGUCCAAACCCAGCACCAAAACGAACCUACGAUUCGUACGACGUCACGUUUGAUCAAGGUCCGGUGGGGCUGGAUCUCGAGACGGAUUGGUACGGACGUCAAGCCGUAGUUAAAGGAUUCCGUGCUAUCAACGCAGCCGGCGACGAGGGACCAGCUAAACGCUGCGGUAUGAUUCGCACUGGCGACGUUCUCACUGCUAUCAACGGUGAAUCGUGUCUCGAGAUGAACUUCCAGGAAACGCUCGAAGCUCUUCGUCGAGCAGGGAAAUCUCGUCACACUCUUCACUUUAAAUCCCUCGAAGCUGCUGGCGACUUGAGCAUCUACGCGAGCGACAAGGAUGUGGUACAGGCGAGAGCAUUCAUCCACCAACACAAACAGCGGUUCUAUCGACCUCCACAAGUCAAGGAAGGCGCGAGUCCCCACGAGUUGGUGCUUGGAUGUAUUGAGCGACUACGAGGAGAAUUUGUCACUGCCUUGAAUUUCCAUCGUGAAGAGACAGGAGAGUUCUUGCUUGCUGCGUCCUGUGCAAGUGACGGCACGGGGCCGUUUAUCUUCCACACCCUGCGAGACUCCCAUCUACGAACGAUGCGUGAACUCCCGCAAAGUGAGGACUCUGCUGUGUAUUUGGGUCGUCUGGAGCCAAGCUUCCUGGGCACGGAGUUCACGUUGUUCGACCACCACACCGGCACCAAUCACGACAAUGAACUUGCGUUCCUGGUUUACACUGCAAACGUUCUUGGUCGUGUCCCCAAUUCGCUGAAAUGCGUGGUGUCGAAGCCUGUCAACGAGCAAGUUGAGGACGAGCUGGAAGCGCUUAACAAGCUAGUAUCUCUGCGUCAACAACGGUCUGGAAUGGGCAGCGACGGCGCCGUCUUCAAUACCCAUAAGGCACAAUUUGGUCGCAAUUCCAGUCUCUCGGAUCGAUUCAAUCGCCAGCAGCAAUCGCGCGGCAUGUCGCUAACUGAGCGGCUGAGGAGCAUUACACUGGACGAUCUUGACUUGCGCCUCGAGAUGGCUACAGACGGAGCUCUAAGCUGGCUGGACGACGACGACGUUGAAGGCCACUCACGCUCCAUGCGUGUCAAGCAGGCUCGACUGAGAGGAGAGCGCACAGCCUCCAUGGGGCAGAUCUCGUACGGCGCAGUGGAGCAGGAGGAGCACGAGAAAGACCUGCUUGUCUUCGAUACCAAGCAGCCUUCGUGGAAUGAGGAACUUGGAGCGUGGACUCUGAACUUCCAGGGGCGCGUGAAAGUCGCUUCCAAGAAGAAUUUCCUGCUGGUCGGGCAUGAAACCAAUGAACACGGCGACGAGGAGGAGAGCACAGCGCUACGGUUCGGCAAAGUGUCGAAAACCCGCUUCUCGUUGGACUACGCGGCGCCUCUGGCCCCCAUCCAGGCACUCGCUGUCGCCUGUUCCGCCUUCGCCAACAAGAGAGCUGUCACAUAGGCGUUAUCGUUAGCACAGACAUUACCUUAUACUCAGAACGCGUCUACAUCCUUGCAUCAAUCAGGUAGUUCAGGCCUUUAUCUAACUCUAGUGCUCGAACCACCUCCAUUAAACUCAAAUAUGCGGUGGUAUCUCCAUUCCAGUGAGC